CCCAAAAAUUGUGCAAUCCUCGGUAUCGUUUCCAAAACCGUGAAAAUCCAUUUAAAAAAUGGCAAGUAACGUGGCUCGAGGUGCAGUCGCCCAGGGCUCAUCGACCUCCACAUCCGGGGGUCCAAAUCCCGCCGAGACAACCUUCCCCUACGACAUCAGCAUCGACUUGAAGAUCGACAUUCCAACCUCUGAGUGUGAUUCCGACAAAACGAUGGCCGCAGCCAGCAUCACACUCUUAGGGGACGUCUUCACGAGAUGCCCCGAGUGGAGUUUCCUCGCCACCCCGAUGUUGAGGGCCCUCGACGAAGUCCUCUUCUCGACUGAACACAAAUGGGAGCCCUCGAACGAUCGCCUCGUCUUCAAGAAAGACAUUCGCAUCAAGGGAAACCUUGUCAACAUCAAGGACAAACCGACAGAAACGAGUCCCACCUUCGACAAGUUGUCGUACAACGGUUGUGUCCAUUCGUCAAAGGUAUUACUGGACUACAAGAUUGAGUUUCAUUUUCUCGCUGGAUUACUCUCGGCCCAAAGGGUUUACGAGGCACACGAAUGGAGGAGGAAUGACACGUCUCAGGAUGAUGACUCUCGGUCCAGUAAACUUCGUGAGAUUCUCAAUCAUCAUCGGGGGAGGGGAUCUUUGAAUCAUGAGUACACCUGGAAGGAGGCUUUUUUCUUCGAGGGAAAUAUCAAGGAAGGCAAGAAGAAUGGGAUCAAACGCAAGCACCAGGAUGAUGAGUAGAUUCCCUUCUCGAUGGCAGCAUUUUUUUUAGCUCUCGUUGUCCUUCUGACAAUUCGCGACCGCAACGUAGAUGUGGGAGCCAUCAAGUGGUCUCUCCACUAACUACUCUUGGCGGGAAUCCAAUGAGAUCAAAGAGAAUCCAAUGAUCUCAUUGGUUGAGCUCCAUCAUUGGUUCCGUCCGAGGGAUCUCCUUGGUUGCCGCCCAAGAGUAGUUAGUUUAGAGACCACUUGGUGGCGCCCAUAUCUACGUCGCGAUCGCGAAUUGAUCAAACGUUUUUGAUCGUUCACUAUUAGUUAUUGAUGAUUGAUAAUAAUUCAUCAAACAUUAUUGAUUAAUUACGACAGUUAAUUAUUGAUAAUCAAUUAUUGGUUCAUGAUUGAUCGUUGAUAAUAAAUUAUUAUUGAUUAUUUUUCCAACCCAAAUAUCGGGCAAUAUAAUUGG